AUGUACCUGGUCACAGUGCUUGGGAACCUGCUCAUCAUCCUGGCUGUCAUCUCUGACUCCCACCUCCACACCCCCAUGUACUUCUUUCUCUCCAACUUGUCCUUGGCUGACAUCUGUUUCAUCUCCAUCACAGUCCCAAAGAUGAUCGUAGACAUCCAGAGUGAAAGCAGAGUCAUCUCCUAUUUCAGCUGUCUGACACAGAUGUCCCUUUUUGUUAUUUUUGCAUGUAUGGAUGAUAUGCAUCUUAGUGUAAUGGCCUAUGACAGGUUUGUGGCCAUCAGCCAUCCCUUACAUUAUUCAGCCAUCAUGCACCCUUGCCUCUGUGGCUUCCUAGUGUUGGUAUCAUUUUCGAUUAGCCUUUUGGACUCACAGUUGCACAAUUUGAUUGCCUUACAAUUUAUCUACUUCAAGGACAUAGAAAUUUCCAAUUUCUUCUGUGACCCUUCUCAACUUCUGAAUCUUGCUUGUUCUGGAUCUUUUAGGAAUAAUAAGGUUAUUUAUUUUCUUGGUAUCAUAUUUGGCAUUUAA